AAAAUUUCCUUACUGAGUAAUGCUAGGUAGACCGACUAAUUCCAAGCCGAUGGAAGCCGAUCCAACGGUAGAAGAAUUGGUGCAGAAAUUGGGAGACUCAUUUGAGGUGGACGCAGGGAAUGGUCAUGUAUGGGGUACAGAUUAUAUUCGUGUUCGCGUGGUUAUUGACUCAAGGAAACCUCUGCGACGUGGUAUGAAGCUUUCUUUGAAGGAUGGGCCAGUUUGGGUUUCGUUUCGGUAUGAGCGGCUCCCGCAUUUCUGUUAUUGCUGUGGCAUGUUGGAUCAUGUUAAACGGGACUGUGAGUUGGGUUUGGAGCUAGAACAUAUGGGAGUUACGGAGCGGCCUUAUGAUGACAGGCUUAGAGCAGCAUCGAAACGGGAGAGACAGGAGGCUGCAACGAAUAAUGGGAGAUGGUUGCGUGACGCCGCCGGCUUCCCAACCGGUGAGAACUCACGGGAGAGACACCAACUCCCAAAAUUGGGAAGAAGGCCUGAUUUGGAAAUGGGCAAUGUUCACGGAAGGGAGAUUGGCAUGAAUGGCCGUGAUUAUCGGGAUGCAACAAAGAAUCCAGUGGAGCAAAUGAGUGCCUUAAAUCAGGGCUGUCAAAUAUUGCAGGGAUAUGAUAUCUGUGAUGGAGCUCCCGCCUUAAAUUUGAAUGUUCCAGAGAAGCAUAGUCCUACACUGGGGGCCCCCCCUCCCAAAAAAAGUGGGCCAAGUCUUUCUGAUAAUAUGGAAGGACAAAAAGGCCACAAUAGUGAUGGGCCUCUCCGCUCCGUUGAGACCCAAGAAUCGGACUUAAUCUUUGUGUUCUCCUCGACCCCGGGUGAUAACCCUCCGAGAACUAGAUCUUGGAAGAAGGAGGCUCGAGAACGACGCCAUUCUAGCUCACACACCUUAAGUUCUUCCUGUCGGAUCAAGAGGAAGGACGAGCAAUCCCAAAUCCUUGUAAGCCCGCCGGUCACCAUGAGUCUCUUCUGUUGGAACUGCCGAGGGCUUGGGAACCCUCGUGCAGUUCGUUGCCUCAACGAACUGGUAGGGCUGAAGCAGCCUGCAGUAGUGUUUUUGUGUGAGACUCUACUGGAUAAAAGAGGUAUGGACAAAGUAAGAAGAAGAUUGGGUUUCAGUCAUUGCUUUACAGUGGACAAAGUGGGACGCAGUGGAGGUUUGGCUAUGCUUUGGAAGCAUGACAUACAACUAUCACUCUUUUCUUAUUCACGGAAUCAUAUAGAUAUGCAGGUUGAACGCAUGGGCUCUUGCACAUGGCGUUUCACAGGUUAUUAUGGGCACCCUGAGAGACACAACCGACGGCACUCGUGGCAACUUUUACAAGAUUUAGCCACAAAAUCUGAGCUACCAUGGCUGAUUGGAGGGGAUUUUAAUGAUCUCUUACAACCAGAUGAUAAAGUAGGUGGUAAUCCUCAGCCUGAGUGGAUGCUAUGUGGCUUCCGGGAAGUGGUGGAAGCAUGUAACUUAGAGGAGAUACCAAUGGUCGGAGGCCAUUUCACUUGGCGUCGAGGAGGUGUUCAAGAGAAGUUGGACAGAGGCCUUGCCACCCUCAGAUGGCGGAAUUUGUUCCCCCGAGCAAAAGUUAGAUUACUGCCCCCCUUGUCCUCAGAUCAUUCUCCGCUAUGGGUUACUCUUGAUAGCCAUUAUAAGCGUCACAAUAGACGCAAGAAGAGAUUUCGGUUCGAAGACAUGUGGCUCCGAGAUCCUGGGUGCAAUGAAACAAAUCAACUAAAGCAAUGCAUGGAACACCUUGAGUCGUUGAAGAAUAUGCCUUCCUCAGAAGCUAUUCAGAAUGAAGAACAAAAGGUGCUUGCUGAAACUGAAGAGUGGUUGGAAAGGGAGGAGACCAUGUGGAGACAACGAUCAUGUGAAAUUUGGUUGCAAGAGGGUGACCGAAACACACGUUUUUUUCACAGGAAAGCAUCUAGGAGGCGGGACAAGAACAGGGUAGAAAAAUUAAUGGAUGCAGGGGGGGAAUGGAAGCAUGGAUUCACGGAGCUGCAGGGCAUUGCUACAAGCUACUUCUCCUCUUUAUUCUCCACUACCUUCGCCACCAAUAUUGAUCGAGUGACCUCUUGUUUAUCCCCUCGGGUGACUGCAGAUGAUAAUGCUUUCCUCCUCCAGGUCUUCACCGAAACCGAGAUUACUAAGGCACUUCAUCAGAUGCAUCCUUCCAAGGCCCCUGGGCCUGAUGGGCUCUCACCUGGUUUUCUCCAGAACUUUUGGCAUGUGGUGAAAGAUGAUGUUGUUAAGCCAUGCCUAGACUUCUUGAACCAUGGGGGGAUACUCCCGCCGGAACUCAAUUUUACCCAUAUUGUGCUCAUUCCAAAGUGCAGUGAACCAAAAACCAUGGCGAACCUGCGUCCGAUCAGCCUCUGUAAUGUUAUUUAUAGAGUUCUAGCAAAGGUCUUAGCAAACAGAUUUAAGCUGGUUCUACAGAGAGUUAUUUCCCAAGAACAGAGUGCCUUCUUACCAAAUCGGUUGAUCACUGAUAACUUUAUGAUUGCUUAUGAAAUCCUCCAAUAUAUGCGAGCUCGGAAAACAAAGAAGCGGGGUUGGCAAGCUGUUAAGCUAGACAUGAGCAAGGCCUUUGAUCGUAUUGAAUGGCCUUACUUAGAGCAGGUUAUGCAGGCCCUGGGUUUUGCUGAUGGCUGGAUCAGGUUAAUCAUGGGCUGUGUCUCAUCAGUAACUUUUGAGGUGUUACUAAAUGGUAGAGAGGCAGGGCGGGUAACUCCUACUCGGGGCUUGAGACAGGGUGAUCCAUUAUCGCCUUAUCUUUUUAUCCUAUGUGCAGAAGGUCUCACAGCGAUGUUGAAUGAUGCUGUAACCAGAGGAAGUUUGCAUAGUAUCCAAAUAUGUAGACAAGCACCGAAAAUCUCUCACUUGUUUUUUGCUGAUGAUAGUUUUCUGUUCCUUCGAGCCACUGAGACUGAAGCUAGAAAUUUAAUGGUUAUUCUGCGAGGCUAUGAAGCUGCAUCUGGCCAAGUGAUCAACUUGCAAAAAUCCUCCAUUACUUUUAGCAAUAACGUGCAACAGAGGACACGAAGCUGUAUCUCCACAGUUUUGGGCAUGAUAGAAGUCGAGCUUCCGGGAAGGUAUCUGGGUCUCCCUACUUACAUAAGCCGAUCAAGAACAACCGUUUUCUCUGGCCUAAAGAACAGAUUCUGGGCAUGCAUAAGUGAGUGGCGAGAACAGCCACUAUCUCGCGCUGGUCGAGAAGUUCUCAUUAAAUCAGUGUUACAAUCUCUCCCAACUUACUUGAUGAGUCUCUUCCUGUUACCGGCCUCUCUAUGUACUGAUCUGGAGCGUAUUAUGAAUAGAUACUGGUGGGGAGGAGGGGAGGACGAGCACAAGAUCCAUUGGAUGGAAUGGAAGAAGCUUGCCACCUCAAAGAGAACAGGGGGCUUAGGCUUCCGAGCUAUGCGAGAUUUCAACCUAGCGAUGCUAGGAAAGCAAGGCUGGAGGCUCUUAACAUACCCGGAUUCCUUAGCAGCGAGACUUAUGAAGGCAAAAUA